CUUGGUUACUUUCUCCAAUAAGUCCUUCCGUAAAGUUCGUGUUGGAAGGAUGGACCCGAGGGCUCCUGCAGGAAAAGUGGUCACCAUUAACAGAAGUGCCAUUGUGUGGAAUCAUAAGUUCAACCAGAGAGUGCCACAGUCCACAUGUGUUGAGAGCUGUCAACCUGGAGAGAGAAGGCUGGCUCGUCAGGGGCAGCAGGUGUGUUGCUAUGAUUGUGCUCAGUGCUCUGAGGAGAUGAUUUCAACCCAGAUAGAUGCAGAUCACUGCAACAAUUGCCCAGAGGAUCAGCAUCCAAACAGGAACCAGGAUCAAUGCAUCCUCAAAGUCAUCACCUUUCUCUCCUAUAAAGAGCCUCUUGGAAUGCUUUGUGCUUCUUCUACUCUGCUAUUUUCCAUAAUUGCACUUGUGGUGAUGUGGAUCUUCAUUCAGCACCGGAAUACUCCCAUUGUCAAAGCCAACAACUGGAGCAUCACCUGUACCCUGCUCAUCUCUCUACUGCUUUGCUUUCUCUGCUCUUUCCUUUUCAUUGGUUGGCCUGGGAAGAUGACCUGCCUUCUCCGGCAAACAGUGUUUGGUGUCAUCUUCUCUACUGUUGUUUCUUGUGUGUUGGCCAAAACCAUCACGGUGGUUUUGGCCUUCAUUGCUACAAAGCCAGGAAACAGGAUGAGGAAAUGGGUGGGGAAGAGGCUGGCUGUAUCAGUCAUAAUUAUCUGUUCUGUUGUUCAAAUCUGCAUUUGUACAAUGUGGCUGGCAACCUCUCCCCCUUUUCCAGAGUUUGACAUGCACUCCCAGACUGGUUAUAUCAUAGUGCAAUGCAAUGAAGGUUCUGCCUUCAUGUUCUACAUUGUCUUGGGCUACAUGGGAUUUCUGGCCACCAUCAGCUUCACUGUGGCCUUUUUGGCCAGAAAGUUACCCAGUAGUUUCAAUGAAGCCAAGCUGAUCACCUUCAGUAUGAUGAUCUUCUGCAGCGUAUGGGUGUCCUUUAUCCCCACAUACCUGAGCACCAAGGGGAAAUUCAUGGUGGCUGUGGAGAUCUUCUCCAUCUUGGCCUCUAGUGCUGGACUGUUGAGUUGUAUCUUCCUUCCCAAAUUCUACAUUAUCAUAUUAAGGCCUGAGCUGAACACCAGGGAGCAGCUGGUACGGAAACAGUCUAUUGGUAUAUAA